UCUUACCUGGUUUUCUGGACUUCUGCUACAUAUGCAUCACUAGCAAUAAUAAACAGACUAGAAAAGAUGCCCUACAAGCAUUGGCCAGCCUAGCAAACACUAAGCGACCUAUGAUCAUUGAUGCAUCACAUUUGGCGUCUUAUCAGCCGUAUCAUUUUGAUUUCAGCUUAGCUCAGGAAAAAAGAAAAAAGGAUAAACCUACUAUUAUACAAGAAUAUGUUCUGUCUCUACUGAAUGUAAAUUCCAUUGACAUAUGUUCAGAGUCGAACCAAUCCAGCCUGUGGGGAGCACUGUGUUGCAUUCCACACAUAAGGCCUAUGGACAAAACCAAGUGUAAAGAUGCUCUGAGAAAUACAAUUACUAAAUUGGCUCAAUUACUUCCCAGUUUAGAAGACCCAUUGAAAGAUAAGGUGCUUUUUAUUUUAGCCUGUGCAGUCAUUGAUUUAUGCAUAAUAUUUGAAGCUGAUAACAUAGAAAUCUUUCAGUCACAAAUUGACAUUAUGGAUCUGUUAAGAAAUUAUUCACACAAUCAACAUGCAUUACUGAUUGGAGAUAUAUUUUUUAAACUCAACAAAACAAAUGAGAACAGCAUGGUAUCAGCUAUUACCCUAGAUGAAGUUUACCCACUGAUCAAGAAGAAUUUAUCUUCUCCAUUUAGCAAGAUUCGGCUUUUAACCUUACGGAUUCUUUCAAUGUUUUCACUUGAGCUACCUCAAUUAGAUGACAAAUUGUAUAUUGAACAAGUUGGUGUUUUCAGACUUUGUCUCAGAACAGAAAUAGUUCCAGUGACAAUAUCAGACUACCGGGAAAAAAUAAAGUGUUUACAACAUUUGGAAUUUAAUGGUAUACAGCACAAUAUUCCAAAAGAAUCCUGCCUUACUGAGGUUCCCCUUCUUUACUUGAUCAGUAUGUUGUAUGCAAACUUCAGGUUACUUUGGGAACCAGUGAUGGAGCUUAUUAGGAGUUAUGCAUAUGGAAUGGACAAGAAAUCCUUCUGGAAAACAUAUGUAGAUCACCUCAAGGCAGCAUCCAAUAUUUGCCAAAAACUGUUAACUGAAAACAAGAAAGUGUGUGUUCAAACUACACAGCCACCUCCUGUAACUGCAGAUGAUUGCGAACAUGUGACAUGUUAUCAAGCUGAGAGUGUAGAUGAACUCUUCAGCUCUGUGUACAACCAUCGUAUACAGGAUGUUGAUAGACCAGACUAUGUGAAUUUCCGUGAGCAGGCUUGGAAAGCUAUGCAUCUGUUUGCCGAUCGUGCUGAGAUUCACUCUCGAGAGUUGACGCCCCUGUUUUUAAAUUUUAUGGAGAGAGAAUAUUAUCCAUCAGAUGUCUUCAGUGCCCCUACACAAGAUAUUCGUAGAAGGAGUGAGAUAGUAGAGGACUCCACCAACCAGGAGGACGUCGUUGAAAACGAUAGAGAUGAUGGAGAUGACAGUCAAUCUGAUGACUUCAAGAAAGGCUUAGGUCUGCCAAGACAGAAACAUUCAGUUACCCAGACACUUCUGGCUCACCUCGAGUUGUUUGCCAAGUUUAAAGGACCAAAAAGUCUUUUUAAGGAGCCAGAACUGAGGAAGCUGUACACAAGUCUUCUGUCACAUAAAUAUGGUAAAGUGCAGAAAACAGUCCUUCAAUGCAUCUUUGCUUACAAGCACAAGUAUCUGACACCCUACCAGGACCACUUCAAACUUCUUAUGGAUGAUAAAACAUUCCGAGAGGAAAUUACACUUUUCAACAUUGAUCCUGAACACGGCGUUGUUGAAAAGAACCAUCGAGCUGGCUUGAUACCUAUACUAAUGAGGAUUCUAUAUGGUAAGAUGCUAAGCAAGGCAAAAGCUGGGUGUGCCCAGAAAAGGUCUGUAAUUUUGCGGUUUUUAGCAGGUUCUGAAGAAAGUGAGUUAGGUGAAUUCAUCGAUCUUGUUAUUGAACCAUGCAAGCAUCUACUUAAAGAUACCUGUUCAGAGAUGUUAAGAGAUGUUCAACAAUCCCUUGAUUUAAGGUCUGUGCUACCACUUAAGAAAAUACACAGCAUGAUUGAUACCAUUGCUGUAAUAUUCAACAAACUGGGCCACAUGCUAACGCCUUUCCUUCCCAUGAUGCUUCAUUUACUCAUCAGUCUCACAGCUACAUUCACAGAAAUGCUGGAAUUGAGAGAUCAGAUUCUACCGUACAAUGUGAAUCAACUGAAAACCCUACGUCCUCUUGGAGUACAGUGUCUGUUGGAUUUCUUCAUGAUUUUUGACAGCUAUCCUUUCUCGGCAGAAGAAAUCAACUGCAUUUUUGAGGCAGCUGUAUGGCCACAAAUUGCUCGUCUGCCAAAUGAGAGCAUAACCAGUCCUACAACAUUACUGAAGAUGAUACACAAAUGGAGCCUCAACCCAAGGUAUUUUGGUUUGCUAGCCAAACAUCACCCAGAUGAUAAGAAACUUACAGUUCUGCCAUUUGUCUUCGAAUUGCUAAAAUCUAAACUGACCACCAAACCAGUGUUGAGCAUGGUUCUGGACAUUGUGGAAAAUCUGUUAGUGAUUGAAGACUUUGAAGCAAGUGAUAAUACAAUGGAAAUCAAAGUUGAGGACAGACUAGAUACCUCCAUUGCAAUGGAUGCAUCUUUUCAUGAACCGCCAACAUACGGUACAAAGCUGGUCUUUCCACACAUAGCUACGAUUUUGGCAUACCUGAAGUCAGCACUGUCGAGCAAAGAUGAAAAGGAAAGCCUGCCAUUGAGAGAGCUAAAUAUCCUCUCACGGAUUAGUAUGUUUGUGACAAAUGAACAUCAAUGCAGUGUGCUUGUUUCCUUACUGCUUCCCUACCUGAAAGGGAAUGACUAUAGAAACCAGAAUGUAGAACUAGAUCUUCUUCGAACCGUCAGGAAUGUGAUGAAGCAAACGACAGAGCCAUCAGCUUUUCUUGGGUCAGUCUCUAAGCUCUUGUACACUCUCACCUAUAGUCAAUCUCGUGUCCUUAUCAUUGAGAUAUUCUUCUCAAUGGCCCAGAAAGAUGAGACCCUAAAAACUACAGCAGAGACAAUCGCACAAUUGAAUGCUUGGGAUAAAAGACAUGUUGAAGAGCCUGAUUUUACAACACGCUUUAAAGCUUUCACUGAAAUGUCUAAACUGAUCAAAGAUUGUAAGCAGCUUGACAUGAGAGUCUUAACACCAUUGAUUUAUAACUGUUUCUUCUUCAUUUCUAAGGUGGAUGAGAUGUCUUUACGUGAUAACUCUGUCAAUUGUCUACAAAAUAUCAUCCAGAAACUGGCAUCUGGUGGCUUUGGUGAAGAAAUGUUUAACUCAAUUGUAAUCCACAAAUACAUGCCAGCCAUUAAGGAGGGAAUCAAGUUAAAGAAUGAGGUGUCAAGAGGUGAAAUUGUGAUGUUACUGCGAGACAUUGUCAGGUUGUUCCCAGAUCAUCCACGAUUCUCUGACAUGACAGUUCUUUUAGAUGAAGACAUGGAGAAAGAUUUCUUCGAAAAUAUUAAACAUAUUCAGAUUCAUCGAAGAGGUCGAGCUUUGCGGCGUCUAGCAAAACACUGCACGGAUGCCCAAAUUGGAUAUGGAAACCUAUACCAAUACUUUUUACCCCUUGCGUCUGCCAUGGUAUUUGAUCAGUCCCUUGCAAAGGACCAGAACUUUGUCGUUGAGGCUAUUAAUACCAUCAGGGCUAUAACUAGCCAGUUACCUUGGAAAUUUUACAGUGUGAUCUUGCGGCAGUAUUUAAAGCUGUUGACUUUCAGUAUUGAAUGGCAGAAAGUGGCAGUGAAAUUGGUGGUUGCUGUCUUAGAUGCAUUCCAUUUUGACCUGACAUUAUCCAGAGGUGUAGAGUGUUGCAUAAUGUUCAAGAAAGGGGUAGAGCUAGAGGGUGUAAUGGAAAGUGCUGAGAAAACAGAUGAUAUAAAAAAUGACAGUAUCAAAGAAGAUAAGAUUUUGGAAACUGUAGAAGGGGAAAAGGAAGAGGAUGAAGAGAUCAAAGAUGAGAGCCAAGAGAAGAUGAAAAAGGAAGUUGCAUUGGCAUCCAGAAUUCAUCAUACAAUAACUAAUAGUAUUCUGCCACAGUUAUUUAAAUCAAUAACAAGAAAGGUUCGCACAGAUGAUGAACAUCGUUCUGUAAGGAAGAACAUGGCAGAUGACAAUGAAGUACUGAGAGUUCCAAUUGCACUGGCAAUGGUCAAGUUAUUGCAGUCACUGCCCGAGGAGGAGCUUCAUCAGUACCUCCCAAAUGUUGUGAUUAAAGUUUGCCAAAUGCUUAAGAGUCGUUCGCUUGAUAUAAGAGAAGUGACACGUGACACAUUGGUGAAGAUUCUGCAAUCACUUGGAGUUAACUACUUCAGUUUCAUAAUCAAGGAACUCAAACAAACCCUCACUAGGGGUUACCAGUUGCAUGUAUUGGCUUACACUGUGAAUUUAUUAAUAAGGACCAUGAUUGAUCAACUGAAACCUGGUGAUCUGGACUGCUGUAUUCAAGACCUAACUGAGGUAUUCAAUAGUGAACUGUUUGGUGACGUUGCUGAGGAAAAGGAUGUUGCAGGAAUUGUGGUCAAACUCCUUGAAGCAAAAUCAACAAAAAGUUAUGAUUCUUACCAACUUGUAUCACAAAAAAUAAGUCAGAGCUCACUCACACCAUUGAUUCUUCCUCUGAAAGAGGUACUAGAUAAUACCCAUUCUCAUCAUGUGAUUUUGAAGGUACAGGAAGUCCUCCGCAGACUGGAGAUUGGCUUUCUUGAGAAUUCAGGGAUUCCUGACUCAGCAAUGUUGAUAUUCAUUCAUGGUCUAGCCACGGAGAGUCUACCGCUUGUGACAGAACAAAUACAAGCAAAGAGCAACAUUAAGGGGGUACGUGACUCACGCCUACAGCCACUUAGCACAUACUUACUACCAGAAACUCCAAAAAGAAGCCAAAAACACCCACAAAUGAGCUUAAAGACAAACGUGCACAUCAUUGUUGAAUUUGGUCUCCAGUUAUUCUACCUGUCACUGAAGAAAUUCAAGUACAGUGCUGCCAACACCAAACACAUUCAGAUGCUUGAUCCGUUUGUUGUCCUUUUGGUAGAAUGCUUGAAUUCCAGAUACACCAAGAUGAUAACAUGUGCUCUCAGGUGUUUCUCUCGCCUUUUAAAGUUCCCACUUCCAUCUUGGGAAUCAAACUUGAGCAAGGUAAACCAUCAGUUGUUCAUCCUGUUAAGGAACUAUGCACACCCAGGAGCUGGCAAGGGUGAGAACUUUGAACUAGUGGUUGCAUGUUUUAAGGCUGUCACUGUUUUAGUCCAUGAUGGCAAAGGCCAACAAAUCACAGAUGAGCAGCUUCAGGUAUUGUUAAGCUAUGUGGAAGAGGACAUUCAUGACCACACAAGGCAAGCUACAGCCUUUUCACUACUCAAGGCCAUCUUAACACGUCAGCUAAUGGUACCAGAAAUGCAUGAUGUGAUUAAGAAGGUAGCAGAGUUAUCUAUAAGGAGUGAGAUGCACUCCGUAAGAGUACAGUGUAGACAGGUUGUAGUUCAUUUCUUACUUGACUAUCCACUUGGUAACAAGUUAAAACGCCACCUAGAGUUCUACAUAGGACAGUUGUCAUUCCAUGAGGAGAAUGGACGUGUGUCUGCUCUGGAGAUGCUAGCCACCAUGUUUUCAUCUUUUCCACAGAAAACUCUGGAUCAAAACUAUGGAUUGUUCUUCAUUCCUUUGUCAACAAGACUGGUGAAUGAUGAAUCAGCUAAAUGUCGAAAACUUGUUGCAUUGGCCAUCAAGGCACUUUUACAGAAGCUUGACGUUGGAAUGCGAGACAGUCUCUUUGCUAUAGUAACUAACUGGUUGAAUGACAGGAAGGUCAUGCAUCAGAGGUUAGCAGCUCAAGUCUGUGGUAUCUUUAUUGAAGCAGAGGGGGUGGAUUUUGAUAGAAGAAUAGCCGAGGCAUUACCUUUGAUUGGUAGAAUAAUAUCAGAGCAAAGAUUUAAGAUGGUCAUGCUUGUGGAUGACGAUGAUGAUGCAAGGUUGGAUCAAGACUUAGACCACCUGCUCUACCAUCUUCUCAGCACAAUUGCUAAGAUGUUACAUAUGUGCAGUAUUGUGAGAAAGGACACAUUCAAGGCAACAAUGAACACCAUAUGGGUUUCAGUUGAAGCUCAUCUUCUCCACCCCCAUGCAUGGGUGCGGCAAGUAUCUGCACAACUUUUUGGCAUCCUCUUUGCUUCUUGGCAACCACAGGAAAUCGUCACCAUAGCAAAGUCACCUAAAUUAGAAGACUCCAAUCAGUCAAUUAAGAAAAAGAAACUGAAACAAAAAUCAAAACUUGAAAAACAGACAAAUCAAAUGGAAGAGGAGAAACAAGAGGAAUAUUACAUUCUUACUAAUUUCCAGGCAAGAUUUAGAGAACUUGCUUAUAGAUUUUGUACCCAACUGAAGUCUGAUCUCCUUGAUCAAGAAUUAUCACAGCAGGUAAUCAAAAAUUUGGUCUUUAUAGCAAGAGUAAUCCACAUAUACACCAAAGAUGAAUUUGAGCAAUUUGUACCUGAUUCAAAAACUAAAACACAAGAGAAUGUUGAUGCCAGGACUAAAAAUGAUAACAUCACCACACACCCUGGUGACCCAGAGACUAAGAAACCAGAACUGACAUGGCUGAUGAAUAAGUUAUGUCACAUUGGCCGAACUGAGCUGGUGAAGACACCCAAGAAGACAUUAAAGCGCAAAUGCAUGGUUAAGUGGCUGGGGGCAGUGAGUGUGCAUCUAGGAAAGGAGCAUAUUGGACCAUUCUUACCACAGAUCAUGAAACCUAUGAUGAGAGAGGUCUCAGACAAAAUGUCACAUUCAGACUCAGAAUUACGGAUACUCUGUCAGGAGGUUUUGGAGAUGCUGAAGACAAUGGUGGGUAUUGAGUCCUUCACAAAGGUUUAUGCAAGUGUUCAGAAGGAUCUGAAUGCCAUCAGAGAAGGCAGGAAGAAAAAAAGAGCUCUAGAGGCUGUUGCAAACCCAGAGACAGCAGCCAAGCGGCGGAUGAAGAAACAACUGAACAAGAAGGAGUCCAAAAAGCGGAAAUUAUCUUCGCUUAGGCCUACUUAUCAGGCCAAAAAAAUGAAAAUGAAAAACCGCAACAAAUUCUAAUAAUUUACGUAUUUAAGUAUAAUCAGUAAAAUAGAGCAAUGAGAUACUACUAAGCAAUGAAUAUAGUUGUAUAUCAUUCACUAGAAGAAAUUAUUGAAUGGAGGUUAGAUUAAUGAAACUUAAGUAUCAUAAUUUUCUCUAGUGCAAAAAAUAUUACUAUACUAAUUGCUUUAUUUAAAGGCGUUGGUUGCUAUAUAUGAUCAAUACAUUUAUUUGCACACUGGCAGUUGAAAUUAACAAAAUUUGAUUGUGUUUGAUGAACUUUAGUAUUGAAAUCCUAGUAGACAUUAGGCAAAAGGGUAAAAAUGUAAUGCAAACAUUAUGAUGAUUAGUUUCAGCUUACCUUCCCUUUACAGUUCUUUUUUUUCCUUGAUCAAAAUAUUAGGUGCUGAAAUGGGAAAGGUUAGUACUGUGCUGUAGUGUUUAGGAUAAUGUGCCAACAUGUUCUCUAUUCAUUACAUCAUUCUACCCAAGAGAUAUCCAAUAAAUAGUAUCAGGCUUAUGUUAGUCAUUUUUUGGUUCAUGGAGAUGGGUAAAUUAUGUGAUGAUUUUGUCUCAAUCUUUUACUACAUAUGACUAGGCCUACAGUAGCCAUGAUUUUCAAUCAGUGUUGAAACGAUAUGCCAAUGCAACACUAGUAUUUGGUUUUUCUUUAUUUUUAUUACGCCCUCCGCUGCCUUUAAUCUUCAAAGAUAGGUAUUUUUCAUCCAUAAAUUUGAAGCAUUUUAUAUUCACCAAUAAAAUUUUAUUUGUAUUUUCAGUUAGUGUAUUAUAUUGUAAGAAAAUCUAUGAAUAAAUAAUUUUUAAUAGGGUACUGAAAACAGGCAA